UUGAGUUUUACUUGAGGAUGCCCACUUCUCCUCUCCCUACCCAUUUUUAAAGGCUUAUGUUUUAAGAUUUUUUUGAAUGCAGUGUUACUUACAAUUGUGUUAUUUAAAGUGCCAUUGAACAGCUGCUAGGGUAUAUUUUCCUGGGGUGGCUAGCCGGUGACAGGAGGGCUAGAAAGCUAAAAGGAAACAAAUUGAAGGAAGCAUUCAUUUACUUUACAUAAACAUAUAAGAAAACAAUGUUAAUACUGUGCUAAUAAAUAUAUUACAAGGGAUUCUCCUAGAAGUGAUAGGCUGAGAGAAUAGAUGUUAUAGAUCUAUAUCUAUCUAUCCAUCCAUCACUAUACACACCCCUCUAUCUACCUACCUACCAUCCAUCCCUAUACAAACACCUCUAUCUAUUGAUCCAUCUAUCCAUAAAUAUCCAUCACCCUAUAUACCUCUCCAUUUAUCCAUCUCUAUCUGUCUCUCCCCAUACAUACUCCUUUAGCUAAUCUAGCUCUCUAUAUACAUAUUUAAAUCUAUGUAUGCAUAUCUAUUCAUCUAUCCAUCUAUCUAUAUUCAUCCACGUACACUAAGCACAUCUGGUCCAAGAAGGCAUACAGUGCAAUAGGCAGAAAGGGGAGGGUGUAUACUGGCUGGGGAGAAAUAUAUCCAUUGCAAAAGCUAAGCCCCCUAGCCUCCUGCUGGGGGUGGGGAGUGUCUCCAUAGGUGCUGGAAUUAGGGAUGCUGGGGAUGCCACACCCCUUGACUUGAAGUGGUUUCCAUUCUAUACAGGGUUUACAGUUUGGUUCAAUGGCUCUUAGCACCCCCACUAUAAAAAAUAUUCCAGCACCCCUGGGUGGCUCUGUCUCUGAACAGUUCUCCAUUUCUCUCAUUCUCUCCCUUUCAUCCCUUCUUCAGGGACAGGGGCAUUUUAAAAGACAACAUAAAGACCCACCCAGCAGCUCCUCUCAUUCAGUACAUCCCCCUCCUUACAUACACAUCUGGGCUCAACUCUUUCCCCCCUCCUUCCGCCUGCCUCUUGCCCCUGCCUGCCCCCCUCUGGCCAGAUGUGCAUCCAGGCGGAGGGGUUCAGCUGGGAGGUGCUGAGGCCAGGGGAGCUGGAACUACUUUUCCCCAGCAGCAGUAAGCAGCAGGAGCCGACCGAGGAAGCUCCAGUCUGACUCUCAUUGUGUGUGUGUGUGUGAGGAGAGACGGAGGCAGGCACAGGAGCUCCUGUAAAGCCUCCUUCCCACGCAACUUUCCCACCAGGGUUCCCCCCUCCACCGCACACACUGAGUCAACCCCCCUCUUCUUGCAGCAUCCCCAGACCCUGGACUCAGGACCCCCCCCAUUUCCACCCCCUACUCCUGGAGGUCACUUUUAUUUUUGUGCACAAGUUGCUACAUCUUUGGAGGAAGAAAGAAGCCAUAGAAGGAAACGGGGGUCAGAUCGUCCCCAGGGGAGAGUUGGGGGGAAAUCCCUCAUUUUUAACCCAACUCCCUCUCCCGUUUUUUGCAUUUGGUAGGUUAUUUUUUGCGGGGUGGGGUGUGUGAAGCAUCUGGAAUCUCAGGUGUUGGGAGCAAAGGGGUUUGUUGGAAAGUCCCCCCCUCAUUUCAGGGGAGUUUGGGAAACUUUUGAAUGGGAGGAAAGAUUUCAGUCUGGGAAAAGAAACCCUGAAAUCCUCCCCCUUCGCAGGGAAUUUUGGGGAUCCCUCCAUCCUGGGAUCCGCCCCCAUGGACUUUUCUUUAAUUGUAAGUUUCGCCCCCUCGCUGUUUUAAUUUUUGAUUGUUUCAAGUCGCCACCGACCAGCGGGCGCGUCCUCCACCCUGAACCAGGACUAAAGGGGGGGAUUCCUGUGGUGGAGGGGCCCGCAAAGCAGAGGGAGCUGGGGGGGCAAUGCCUUCCGUGAUGGAAAAAUCCGGCCCGGCCUCCGGGAUCCUAUCGAGGAGCCGGGCGAAAUCGGCCACCAAUGGCAAUCAUCAGACCUCGGAGGAUGAGAGCAGCGAAGAAGAGCAUUCGCACGACAGCAUGAUUCGGGUGGGGGCUGAUUACCAAGCUGUGAUCCCUGAGUGCAAGCCAGAAAGCCCCGCUCGCUACAGCAACAAGGAGCUGAAGGGGAUGCUGGUCUGGUCGCCCAACCACUGCGUGUCAGAUGCCAAAUUGGACAAAUACAUCGCAAUGGCCAAGGACAAGCACGGCUACAACAUUGAGCAGGCCCUGGGGAUGCUGCUGUGGCACAAGCAUGACGUGGAGAAGUCUCUGGCUGACCUGGCCAACUUCACGCCCUUUCCAGACGAGUGGACGGUGGAGGACAAGGUGCUAUUUGAGCAGGCGUUCAGCUUCCAUGGCAAGAGCUUCGCGCGCAUCCAGCAGAUGCUCCCCGACAAGCUGAUCCCCAGCCUGGUGAAGUAUUACUACUCCUGGAAGAAGACAAGGAGCCGCACGAGUGUCAUGGACCGACAGGCCCGCCGGCUGCUCAGCAAGAAGGAGAGGGAUGACAGUAACGACGAGAUGGAGGAGGGACGGGCAGCCAGCGAGGGGGAGUUUGAUGCCAUGGACCCCAAGAAGGAGCCAAGCUACCAGAAGCUGCCGAACAGUCGGCCGGGCCCAGGAUCGGGCUCAGGGCCUGUGAGGAAGGAGGCGCAGCUGUCGCAGUAUCGGCACCACCCACUGCGCUCACGCCGGCGCCCCCCCAAGGGCAUGUACCUGAGCCAGGACGACAUCGCUGGUAUCUCGGCCAGCCCUGAUGUGGGCACCCUGGCGCUGCGCCACCUCGACUCACAGCUCGUCUCCCUCAAGCGCCAGGUCCAGUGCAUCAAGCAGAUCAACAGCAGCAUGAAGCAGGCCCUGGAGGGUGGGAUUGACAAGCUGCGGCCCCCUGAGGGGAACAGCAAGUUCAACUCGCGCUGGACAACGGACGAGCAGCUGCUGGCUGUGCAGGCCAUCCGCAGGUACGGGAAGGAUUUCCAGGCCGUGGCUGGGGUGAUCGGCAACAAGACACUGGCCCAGGUGAAAACCUUCUUCGUCAGCUACCGGCGCCGCUUCAAUCUGGAGGAAGUGCUGCAGGAGUGGGAGGCUGAGCAGGGGGGCUCCCCAAGGGGCCGCUCCCCCCCCCAUGACACCAAGAGCUCUAGCGUCUCACUGGCCAGCAGCGAGGAGGAUGAUGAGGUGCAGAUCACAGCCGUGUCCCGCUCUGCCCAGCCGCAGCCCCCAGCGUCCACUGCAGCGGCUCUGCCCUCUGCCUCCCCCCGGCUGCCGCCCACCACGCUGUCGCAACCUCCCCCCUUGCUGCGGCCCACACUGCCCACAGCGCCCACGCUGCACCGCCAGCCACCCCCACUCCAGCAGGGGCGCUUCCUGCAGCCCAGACUGUCGCCCAACCAGCCGCCCCCGCCACUCAUCCGGCCUGCUGCUUCCCGCUACCACGGGCGGGGGCCCCAGCCCUCCUCGCUGGUGGGCGUGGCCCUGGAGCCCCCUCCCCCCUCCUCCUCCAGCUCCCUCUGAGGUUUUAGGGGGAGGCCAGCUGAAGCCCCCUACUUCCUUAGUGUCCUGGAUCCUGCUUGGUUAAGGGGUCAGGGGCUCCAUCUACCCCAUAGUGACACUGGGGGUGUCUCUAGGACCCCCCCCUCCCCAGGGGAGGGGAGAGACUGAAGGACUUGCAUUGGUUGAACCCGGCCCCCCCAGCAUGGUCCAUUUGGGCUCUAAGCAAAAUCCAGGCAGGGGAGUGGGUACUAAUGCCAGCUGUGGGGAGCCUGGGGUAGUGGGGGGGAGGGGGAUUCUUUACUUGUAGAGGGAUCAGUUCAAUGGGGCGGCGCACCCCCUGCUGGUGAGCCAUGCCUAGUGUGGGGCAGGGACCCCUCCUCACCCCUAGGAGCCUGGGCAGGGGGUGGGAGUGGGGCUCCUACCUGUGGCUGAAUGAGCUGGGGAAUGUAUCUUCUCCGGGGGGAGGGUAGUGGGAAUGUUCUCCUGGCAGUGGGGGGUGCUGAUGCUAGCCCCUGGCUGGCAGAGCAGUUGCUGGGGGGGGGGGUGUUGAGGGGCAGGAGUAGCACAAAAUCCCCCCCCGCCCCCCACAGGGCACAGCUCCCUCACCUUAGGGGGCAGCACUGGCUCCCAGGGGGGACCUGAGGGCCAGGUAAGGGGUAGCCAGCAUUAACACGGGGUGAGGCACGUGCAGGAGAGUUGGGGGGAGCAUUGACGAGGCCUUGGAAGAAGCACAGAGCUGGGGUGGGGUUGGGCACUCCCCCUCCCCCAUCUAGAGGACAGCAGCUCAGUCACCUGCACAGCCAUGGAGACCCCCCCCCCCAUGCUGAGUGCAUGCUGCUGUGCUGGGGGAGGGGGGUCUGGGCAAUGGGGCAUUUGUAGGCAGGGCUUGUAGCU